AUUUCAUAGUAAUAUUUUUGUAACAAAAUAAAAUUCUCUCCAUAGCUGAAAAAUGCCAAAAUAGUCUCUAACUAGCUAGGUUGCUUCUUUGACACUUCUUCCUCAAAUGUCAGCUCAUACGUGUUAAUUUCUUGAAGAAAAAAAUAAUAGCAAAAAUGAUGGCAUACUACACCUAUAAAAUCCCACAUAAUAUGCAACCUAUGCUAAGUUUCCUAUAACCUAUAGUUUUGUCUUGGAACAUUAAUUCAUUGUGCAAUAUUAUUAUGGGUAGGUCACCAUGUUGUGAUGAAAUUGGUGUAAAGAAAGGGCCAUGGACACAAGAAGAAGAUGAGAAGCUGAUUGAUUAUAUCAACAAACAUGGCCAUGGAAAUUGGGGAACACUUUCAAAACGUGCUGGUUUGAAUAGGUGUGGGAAGAGUUGUAGGUUAAGGUGGACAAAUUAUUUGAGGCCUGAUAUCAAGAGAGGGAAAUUCACUGAUGAAGAAGAAAGAGUUAUCAUCAACCUUCAUUCAGUUCUUGGAAACAAAUGGUCGAAGAUUGCAGCUCAUCUACCAGGACGAACAGAUAACGAGAUAAAAAAUUAUUGGAACACAAACAUAAGGAAAAAGCUUCUCAAGAUGGGAAUUGAUCCUGAAACUCACAAGCCAAGAACUGAUUACAAUCACCUCAUGAGUCUUUCAAACUUACUUGGCAUGUCAAAUAUAGGCAAUACUUUUAGCAACAACCCUCUUGGUUUACAACCAGAUAUUACCCACCUAGCCAAAAUGCAAUUGUUGCAAAAUAUGUUGCAAAUUAUGAACACAAAUAAUUCAUUUGGUAACAUGGGAAAUUAUCCUUAUAACCCCUUAGGGAAUAUUAACCCUAGCUUUAAUCCAUUCAAUUUGUUUUUGAAUGGAACAAACACAAUUCAAACUAAUGAGCCAUUAGGUUUGAGUGGUGGUGAAGAAUAUGCUAUGAACCCUAGUUUAUACUCUUAUGGACAAAGUGAGUCUUCAAAGCAGGAUAUUUCAAAAGGUGAAUCAAGUUUACAAGAUCUUGAUUAUAGCAAAAUGAGAAGCAUUUCAUGUGUAAAUCAAGAAGAAAAUCUACUUCCUGCUUUGGUUGCUUCCUCUCCUAGAAUUGGAAUCUUCAAUCAAAUCGAAAAUGACCGCAACAAAGCUCAAAUGUCCAUCGAUCACUCACCUUCAAAUGCAAUCUUUGAUGAUUGGGAGAAGUUCCUUGACGAUGAAUCAAGUGGUGGUUCCUACUGGAAAGAGCUUUUAGACUUGACAUCCACUUCUGCGUCACAAAUUUCGUGGUAGAGGAAUAAUUGAUUAUCUUUGAGAAUAAUCACAUCAACACAUACUCAACGAAGUUCGUAUAGUUUGAUUCAUUAAUUCAUAUUAUGGCUUUUAUAAUAUUAUUGUUUAGAUUCAUUUGUAAUUUUAUACAUGGGAUGUAAUAAUUAUUGUAGUUUUCUGUUGUACAAAACAAAAACAUACACAUGCAUAUUAUAUGGAAAGUUGCAAAUCAUAUAGUUUUAUGUUCUUUAUAUAUAUAGUUAUAGAGACUUUGUACUUCACUGGAAUUUGUUCUAUUUGUAUCGAAUACAUUUUUGUAAUUACAAUUCAAUAUUCUAAAUAUUUAUUUCAAUAUCUCUUUUGAUA